AUGUCGGACAGUUUGAAAGAUGUGGCUGUGUUUGUCGUUAGCUUAAUGGAUGAAUUUCAUCGAUUUUCGGUAGCUGGAGAGAAAGAGGUUCUUGUCAAAUUCGCGAAACAAGCAACGAGAAAAAUGUGCACAGAUCUCGAUACCAUUCAUUUUGUAGCCACCUAUUUGAAUCCUCCGUCUAAAGAUUUACAUGAGUUACAAUUGAGAUACGAUCGGCAUCAGAUUCCGAUUGAUAUCGUGAACGAUGCUCAGAAGCUUCUGGACGAUUUGGGAAAAAGUUUUGAGGAAAUGAGAUAUCAGGCGCCACCACAAAGCCAACCACCUGCACGUCAUCUCACUUUCCUUCAACGUACUCUGGGCGGAUCAAGCGCCCCAAAAAGCAGUUCGCUUCAUCAAGAACAGCAGCAAUACGAGAGAGACACCAGAAGUAUGCCUGCAUCGAAAUUUUGGCCUCUGGCAAAAAGCUCCUAUCCAAUUUUGCACGAAAUCGCCCAAAAAGUUCAUGCGAUUCAAGCUUCGGAAGCAGAUGUAGAAAGAUCUUUUUCAAUCAUAAAAAACUUGUACACACCAAAUCGUCAGAGUCUGGACUUAAAAAUGCUGGAAAAGUUGAGAUUCUCAAAGAAAAAGAUCGAUUGGACACAGGCGAGACUUGAAGAUUUUGAUGCAUGA